CCGCGCCAGUUUCGGGCUGGUUGGCGCGGAAUCGAGAGUCUCCGGGACCAUGGCGCCCGUACACGGCGAGGACUGUGAGCUGGGGGCGAGCGCUGUGUCAGAUUCAGGGAGUUUUGUGCUUUCUCGAUCCCGGCGAGAAAAGAAAUCAAAGAAAGGGCGCCAGGAAGCUCUAGAAAGACUGAAAAAGUCUAAAGCUGGUGAGAAGUAUAAAUAUGAAGUUGAGGACUUCACAAGCGUUUAUGAAGAAGUUGAUGAAGAACAGUAUUCGAAGCUGGUUCAGGCACGCCAGGAUGAUGACUGGAUCGUGGAUGACGAUGGUAUUGGCUAUGUGGAGGAUGGCCGAGAGAUUUUUGAUGAUGAUCUUGAAGAUGAUGCUCUUGAUUCCCAUGAGAAAGCAGGAAAAGAUGAUAAAGCACGCAACAAAGACAAGAGGAAUGUAAAGAAGGCUGCGGUGACAAAACCAAACAGUAUCAAGUCCAUGUUCAUGGCUAGUGCUGGGAGGAAAACUGCAGAAAAAGCUGUAGACUUGUCCAAGGAUGAUCUGCUAGGUGACAUUCUACAAGAUCUGAACACUGAGACACCUCAGAUAACUCCACCACCUGUAAUGAUACUGAAGAAGAAGAGAUCCACUGGAGCUUCACUGAAUCCUUUCUCUGUGCACACUCCCAAGGCAGUUCCUUCAGGAAAAACUGCCUCCCCUGUCUCAAGGAAGGAGCCUCCAUUAACUCCUGUUCCUCUUAAACGUGCUGAAUUUGCUGGAGAGCCAGUGCUGGCCUCGUGUACAGAUGACAAGGAGGAGUCAGGGGCAAUGGAUUUUGAAGAUGGCGACUUUGAUGAGCCCAUGGAUGCUGAGGAGGUGGACGUGGAGUCUGUGGCUGCCAAGACUUGGGACCAAGAGAGGGAGCCAGCAGAGGGGGUGAAACAUGAGGCAGAUCCUGGGAAAGGGACCACAUCCUGCUUAGGAAGUUUUCUCCCAGAUGUCUCUUGUUGGGAUAUUGAUCAGGAAGAUGACAGCAGUUUCUCAUCCCAGGAAGUGCAAGUGGAUUCCAGUCACCUCCCAUUGGUAAAGGGGGCAGAUGAGGAACAAGUGUUUCAGUUUUAUUGGCUGGAUGCUUAUGAAGAUCAGUACAACCAACCAGGUGUGGUAUUUCUGUUUGGCAAAGUUUGGAUAGAAUUCGCCGAAACCUACGUGAGCUGUUGUGUCAUGGUGAAAAACAUUGAGCGAACGCUCUACUUCCUUCCCUGUGAAACGAAAAUUGAUCUAAAUACAGGGAAAGAAACAGGAACUCCAGUUACAAUGAAGGAUGUUUAUGAUGAAUUUGAUGAGAAAAUAGCAACAAAAUAUAAAAUUAUGAAGUUCAAGUCCAAGAUAGUGGAAAAGAACUAUGCUUUUGAGAUACCUGAUGUUCCAGAAAAAUCUGAGUACUUGGAAGUUAGAUACUCGGCUGAAAUGCCACAGCUUCCUCAGGAUUUGAAAGGAGAAACUUUUUCUCAUGUGUUUGGGACCAACACAUCCAGCUUGGAAUUGUUCUUGAUGAAUAGAAAGAUCAAAGGACCUUGUUGGCUCGAAGUGAAAAAUCCACAACUCUUAAAUCAGCCCAUCAGUUGGUGUAAAGUUGAGGCAAUGGUCUUGAAACCAGACCUGGUGAACGUAAUUAAGGAGGUCAGUUCUCCUCCACUCGUGGUCAUGUCUUUCAGCAUGAAGACAAUGCAGAAUACAAAGACACAUCAAAAUGAGAUUAUUGCUAUGGCAGCUUUGGUCCAUCACAGCUUUGCGUUAGAUAAGGCACCCCCACAGCCUCCCUUUCAGUCACACUUCUGUGUUGUGUCUAAACCAAAGGACUGUAUUUUUCCACAUGCUUUCUUAGAAGACAUUAAGAAAAAGAAUGUGAAGGUUGAGGUUGCUGCAACAGAAAGAACACUGCUAGGUUUUUUCCUUGCAAAAGUUCACAAAAUUGAUCCUGAUAUCAUUGUGGGUCAUAAUAUUUAUGGGUUUGAACUGGAAGUGCUACUGCAGAGAAUUAAUAUGUGCAAAGUUCCUCACUGGUCCAAGAUAGGUCGACUGAAGCGAUCCAACAUGCCAAAGCUUGGGGGCAGGAGUGGAUUUGGUGAAAGAAAUGCUACCUGUGGCCGAAUGAUCUGUGAUGUGGAAAUUUCGGCAAAGGAAUUGAUUCGUUGUAAAAGCUACCAUUUGUCUGAACUUGUUCAACAGAUUCUGAAAACUGAAAGGGUUGUAAUCCCAAUGGAAAAUGUACAAAAUAUGUACAGUGAAUCUUCUCAUCUGUUGUACCUGUUGGAACACACCUGGAAAGAUGCCAGGUUCAUUUUGCAGAUCAUGUGUGAGCUAAAUGUUCUUCCAUUAGCAUUGCAGAUCACUAACAUCGCUGGGAACAUUAUGUCUAGGACGCUGAUGGGUGGACGAUCUGAGCGUAACGAGUUCUUGUUGCUUCAUGCAUUUUAUGAAAACAACUAUAUUGUGCCUGACAAGCAGAUUUUCAGAAAGCCUCAGCAAAAACUGGGAGAUGAAGAUGAAGACAUUGAUGGAGAUACCAAUAAAUAUAAGAAAGGACGGAAGAAAGCAGCUUAUGCUGGAGGCUUGGUGUUGGAGCCCAAAGUUGGUUUUUAUGAUAAGUUCAUUUUGCUUCUGGACUUCAACAGUUUAUAUCCUUCCAUCAUUCAGGAAUUCAACAUUUGUUUUACAACAGUGCAAAGAGUUGCUUCAGAGACACAGAGAGUUACAGAGGAUGGAGAACAAGAACAGAUCCCUGAGCUGCCAGAUCCAAGCUUAGAAAUGGGCAUUUUGCCCAGAGAGAUCCGGAAACUGGUAGAGCGGAGAAAACAAGUCAAACAGCUAAUGAAACAGCAAGAUUUAAAUCCAGACCUUGUUCUUCAGUAUGACAUCCGACAGAAGGCUUUGAAGCUCACGGCAAACAGUAUGUACGGCUGCCUGGGAUUUUCCUACAGCAGAUUUUAUGCGAAACCACUGGCUGCUUUGGUGACAUACAAAGGAAGGGAGAUUUUGAUGCAUACGAAAGAGAUGGUACAGAAGAUGAAUCUUGAAGUUAUUUAUGGAGAUACAGAUUCAAUUAUGAUAAACACGAAUAGCACCAAUCUGGAAGAAGUAUUUAAAUUGGGAAACAAGGUAAAAAGUGAAGUAAAUAAGUUGUACAAACUGCUGGAAAUAGACAUUGAUGGUGUUUUCAAGUCUCUGUUACUGCUGAAGAAAAAGAAAUAUGCUGCUCUGGUUGUUGAGCCAACGUCGGAUGGGAAUUACUUCACCAAACAGGAGCUGAAAGGAUUGGAUAUAGUUAGAAGAGAUUGGUGUGAUCUUGCUAAAGACACUGGAAACUUUGUCAUUGGCCAGAUUCUUUCUGAUCAAAGCCGGGACACUAUAGUGGAAAAUAUUCAGAAGAGGUUAAUAGAAAUUGGAGAAAAUGUGCUAAAUGGCAGUGUCCCAGUGAGCCAGUUUGAAAUUAACAAGGCAUUGACAAAGGAUCCCCAGGAUUACCCUGAUAAAAAAAGCCUACCUCAUGUACAUGUUGCCCUCUGGAUAAAUUCUCAAGGAGGCAGAAAGGUGAAAGCCGGAGAUACUGUGUCGUAUGUCAUCUGUCAGGAUGGGUCAAACCUCACUGCGAGUCAGAGGGCCUAUGCACCUGAGCAGCUGCAGAAACAGGACAAUUUAACCAUUGACACCCAGUACUACCUGGCCCAGCAGAUCCACCCAGUCGUGGCUCGGAUCUGUGAGCCAAUAGACGGAAUUGAUGCUGUCCUCAUUGCAACGUGGUUAGGACUUGACCCCACCCAAUUUAGAGUUCAUCAUUAUCAUAAAGAUGAAGAGAAUGAUGCUCUACUUGGUGGCCCAGCACAGCUCACUGAUGAAGAGAAAUACAGGGACUGUGAAAGAUUCAAGUGUCCAUGCCCUACAUGUGGAACUGAGAAUAUUUAUGAUAGCGUCUUUGAUGGUUCGGGAACAGAUAUGGAGCCCAGCUUGUAUCGUUGCAGUAACAUCGAUUGUAAGGCUUCACCUCUGACCUUUUUGGUACAGCUGAGCAACAAAUUGAUCAUGGACAUUAGACGUUGCAUUAAAAAAUACUAUGAAGGCUGGUUGAUUUGCGAGGAGCCAACAUGUCGAAAUCGAACUCGGCACCUUCCCCUUCAGUUCUCCCGAAAUGGACCUCUUUGCCAAGUCUGCAUGAAAGCUACACUUCGACCAGAGUAUUCUGACAAGUCCCUGUACACCCAGCUGUGCUUUUACCGGUACAUUUUUGAUGUGGACUGUGCACUGGAGAAACUUAUUACCGAUCAUGAGAAAGAUAAAUUGAAGGCACAGUUUCUUACCCCCAAAGUUCGUCAGGACUACAAAAAACUCAAGAACACGGCAGAGCAGUUCUUGUCCCGAAGUGGCUACUCGGAAGUGAACCUCAGCAAACUCUUCGCCGACUGCGCUGUGAGGUCCUGAGGGAAUCCCCAGAGGACGAGGCGGGCUGCUUGAAGCAUCGCAGCCUCCUCGGCACCUCCGCCGUGGCCCUAACUGCUUCUCCG